UGGAAUGGGCAGUAUUCGACGGGAUGCGACGUCGACUUAAGAUCAAUAUGGAUCGAAAUCUCUCUCUCUCUCUCUCGCGAGCGAGCGUGUAAAGUAUUGAUUUAUUUUCACCAAGCGUUUUAAGUAGUUAAAGCGAUUCUCACACGCGAAUGCACAAUGGCACUAAUUUCACAGAACAACGAGGAAUCGACGUGCGAAGGGCCGACUUCGAAAUACGCGCAAUAUAUGGGCGUAUUUACGGCGACACUCGCUGCAUUUUCAAUAGGCACGUAUUUGUCGUGGACAUCAUCCGCUCUGCCACUUUAUAACAAGAACGAUACGCUAUCCAUUAGCGAUCAGGAAGGUUCUUGGAUCUCUUCCUUAGUUCCUCUCGGCGCUAUCCCGAUUACUAUACCGGCGAGACAGUUGGCGGAUAAGUUUGGUCGGAAGAAAACGAUCUGGGCGAUAACUGUACCCUUAUUUUUGUGCUGGUACAUUAUCGGAUUUGCACAGAGUAAAAUAUGGAUUUUUCUGGGUCGGUUUGUUGCGGGGGCAGCAAGCGGUGCAGCAUCCGUCGUUGUUCCCAUGUUCACUUCCGAGAUCGUCGAGCAGAGCAUUCGGGGCUUACUCGGCACCAUUUUCCAGUUGCAAAUCGCCGCCGGAAUUUUCUUCGCAUAUGCCACUGCUUUCACCGAUAGUUUGCAUGUCAUUGCGAUACUGUGUUCCGUGGUGCCCGCUUUGCUUUUGAUCUCCUUCCCGUUCAUACCGGAAUCACCGGCAUGGCUGGUCAUGCAAGGUCGGAAGGACGAGGCGAAUGACGUGCUGAAACACUUCAGGGGUGCUCACUAUCGUACCGAGACGGAAUUGAUUAGACUCGAGCUCCAAGCUUCGGAAAUGCGUGAAGCCCAUAAAGCCAGUAUUUUUGAUCUGAGAAAUUAUCAGAAAGAGACCUGCAUCAUUCUCGGUCUAAUGAUUUUCCAGCAACUUUCUGGCGUUAAUACUUUGAUAUUUUACGCAAAAAUGAUUUUUGAUGAUGCGAGUUCAACUCUUAUCGUUAAUUCAUCCACGUCGUCGGUGAUUGUGGGCACUGUACAAGUAGUUGCCAUUUAUUGCUCGACUAUUCUUAUUGAACGCAUCGAUAAAAAGUUACUCUUGUUUAUUAGUGUGUCAGUAAUGGCUACUUGUAUGUUUACAUUGUCGGGAUACUUUCAUUUUCAGAACACGCACGAUCUAUCGAGCGUCUGCUGGAUUCCUUUGCUAUCUUUUAUGGUAUUCGUCGCCAGCUUCAGCAUCGGCUUUGGUCCAAUACCGUGGUUGAUAAUCGACGAAUUGUUCACGAACAACGUAAAGAGAACGGCGAGCGUUGCCACCACCAUAUGUAACUGGACGCUGGCAUUUCUGGUGACAAAAUGCUUCCAGGAUAUGAUUGAUCUCAUGGGGAUCUCCUCGUCGUUUGCCACGUUCGGUAUGAUAAGCCUAAUCGGAACUGUAUUCGUUUCCACGAUGGUGCCGGAAACGAAUGGCAGAAGCGUCGAAGAAAUUCAAAUUGAAUUGUACGGAAUGCAAAAUAGUAACUCGAGAGGAACAAAUCCCAAAAUAUGACGACAAAAUAAUUCACUUAAUAAUUGAAGUAUCUUUACAAUAUAUAGUAGAAUUAAUUUAUUACGUACCUUGAAAUGAGAAUAUGCUUCGUUCAAUUCGCGAUGUAAAUUGCGAAAGAUAACAAAAUCAA